GUCGCACAGAACCAUGGGUCCGUCGCCCCAGGAGUCCGCGCGCGAGGAGAUGAUGGCCGUCUUGAAGGCCAACGGGAGCGCGUCGGACUACGAGAAGGCCCUGACCAAGUUCGUCGCCGCGGGCGGCUCGAGCGACGACUCCCUGGCCAAGGUCGGCGCGUCGGUCUACGGGCUGUCGCUCGCGCCCCCGGAGCCGCCGGCGAAGAAGGGCAAGGCCCCGCCGGCGGCCAUCGUGCCCUUCGACUUCAUGAAGCAGUUCAUGAAGGACACGCUCGUCGCGUACGGCGUGCCCGAGGCCGAGGCGGAGACGAGCGCCGAGGUCCUCAUCGAGGCUGACCGCCGCGGCAUCGACAGCCACGGCAUCGGGCGCCUCAAGCCCAUCUACUGCGACCGCAUGGACCAGGGCAUCCUCUUCCCCCACAAGCCCAUCGACGUCGUGCGCGAGUCGCCGACGUCGGCGUUGGUCGACGGCAACCUCGGCCUCGGCCUCUACGUCGGCCCCUACUGCAUGAAGCUCGCCAUCGAGAAGGCGAAGAAGCACGGCGUCGGCUUCGUCGUCGCCCAGAACUCGACGCACUACGGCAUCGCGGGCUACUACGCGACGAUGGCGAGCGACGCGGGCUGCGUCGGCCUCACGGGCACGAACGCGCGGCCGUCCAUCGCGCCGACGUUCGGCACGGAGCCCAUGCUCGGCACGAACCCGCUCUGCUUCGGCAUCCCGACGAAGGACGGCUUCCCCUUCUGCAUCGACUGCGCGACGUCCGUGAACCAGCGCGGCAAGAUCGAGAAGUACUCGCGCGACGGCAAGCCGACGCCGAAAGGCGCGGUCAUCGACUCCGCGGGCGUCGAGCGCACGGACACGGACGGCAUCCUCCGCGACAUGCAGCUCGGCAAGUGCGCGCUGACGCCCGUCGGCGGCGCGGGCGACGACAUGGGCGGCUACAAGGGCUACGGCUGGGCGACGACCGUCGAGCUCCUCUGCACGGCCUUCCAGAGCGGGCCCUUCGGCGAGGCCGUCUGCGGCAUCGACCGCGCGACGGGCGCCAAGAAGCCCAUGCCCCUGGGCCACUUCUUCCUCGCCAUCGACAUCGCGCCGCUCUGCCCCCUCGACACCUUCGAGCGCAACUCCACGAAGCUCCUCGACGCGCUCCGCGGCUCGCGCAAGUCGCCCCUCGCCGGCGGCCGCAUCUGGACCGCCGGCGAGCUCGAGCACGACGCGCGCGUCGCGCGCCACGCCCAGGGCGGCCUCUCCGUGCCCUACCCGCUCCAGAAGAACAUGACGGACCUCCGCGACAAGAUCCCCGCGCUCAAGGCCAAGUACGCCAAGCUCCCCUUCGAGUAGACUUGAUUUAAGUGCGUCCGCUCG